AUGGCUACCUUCACGUACGAUAUCACCUCCCCUGGACCUGCCGACGGUUCUCCCUCGCCUCGGCUAAACACAGUGCACCUCCUGGAAGCGUACACUCCUGAUCCUCGGUCAGACGAAGAGCCCCAGCACCUCCUUCCAAUGCCCAUACCCAUGCCCGUGCCCCUCUUCUCUGCGUCCGGCGACCUCUCUAAGGAUGCAGCAAUCGAUGUUCCCCCACCGUCACUCCAACUGUCGGAUUUCUCUGACGACCCCAUCGAGGACCCAAGCCCGAAAGACGUUGCUGAUGACCCACCCAAUCAACGAGAGCCAACCCCUUCCCUGGCCCCAGAAGAUCGUGAAGGCAACACAUCGAAGGAGCAGUUGAAUUACUCCGAUGGUUCCAUCGAGGCUGACCCACGCCUGGGCGAGAAACUCCACGUCCAAGCCGACCGAUCAGAGCAAGUUAUGCCCCUGGUGUCCGACCGUUGGGAAGGCGAUGCGUUGGGGGAGACGCUGCAUAAUCAGGAAUACAUUAUCUUGCCCCUUUCUCAGGUGAAGAUUCUGAAGCUGGUGUAUAAGCGAGAUGGGGAUGAGAUGUACCAGAUAGUAGGACAGAUAGAUUUACAAGAAACACGCGGAUAUGGCACACAAGGAAAGCCGUGGAAGUGCUUGGGUUCUGCUGAGCGGGUUCCGGGGGGUUACGAGGCGUAUGCCAAGAUGACGGCAGGAGAUGGAGUGAUGGAACUGCUGGCAGCCAUAUAA